CCAACCUCUACAGUCGCUGUGGCCCCUGUUGCAUCUGUCUUGGAGAAGAAGACAAAGAGCAAGGGGCCCUACAUUUGCGCUCUGUGCGCCAAGGAGUUCAAGAACGGCUACAACCUCCGGAGGCACGAAGCCAUCCACACAGGAGCCAAGGCUGGCCGGGUCCCUUCGGGUGCUAUGAAGAUGCCCACCAUGGUGCCCCUGAGCCUCUUGAGCGUGCCCCAGCUGAGCGGGGCCAGCGGGGGAGGGGGAGAAGCCGGGGCUGGCGGAGGCACAGCCGCCGUGGCGCCCGGUGGCGUUGUGACCACGACUGCCUCUGGAAAGCGCAUCCGGAAGAAUCAUGCCUGCGAGAUGUGCGGCAAGGCCUUCCGCGACGUCUACCACCUGAACCGACAUAAGCUGUCGCACUCGGACGAGAAGCCCUACCAGUGCCCUGUGUGCCAGCAGCGCUUCAAGCGCAAGGACCGCAUGAGUUACCACGUGCGCUCACAUGACGGCGCUGUGCACAAGCCCUACAACUGCUCCCACUGUGGCAAGAGCUUCUCCCGGCCGGAUCACCUCAACAGUCACGUCAGACAAGUGCACUCAACAGAGCGGCCCUUCAAAUGUGAGAAAUGUGAGGCAGCUUUUGCUACGAAGGAUCGACUCCGGGCGCACACAGUACGACACGAGGAGAAGGUGCCAUGUCAUGUGUGUGGCAAGAUGCUGAGCUCGGCUUAUAUUUCGGACCACAUGAAGGUGCACAGCCAAGGCCCUCACCAUGUCUGUGAGCUCUGCAACAAAGGUACUGGUGAGGUUUGUCCAAUGGCAGCGGCGGCGGCAGCAGCAGUGGCAGCCCCUCCUACAGCUGUGGGCUCCCUCUCUGGGGCAGAGGGGGUACCAGUGAGCUCUCAGCCACUUCCCUCCCAGCCCUGGUGAGCUCCAGGUUGAUGGGGAAGAGGGGAAGAGUGGAAGAGUGGAGGAAAGCUCUUGGUACAGUCUCCUCUUCCCACCAACUCACUGCUCACCAUCAACCACGGAGCCUCCAGACAGAGGAGGAAGAAGGAAUUCACUAGGUUUUAACAAUGUUUCUCCUGCUCCUUUCUUCUCCCUAUCAGAGCUGACCCUACAAACACCUGUCCCCUAAGUUGUGUUGAAGUCCCUUGGACAGUGAGCAGGGGUGGCAGAGGACAGCAGCAACCACUGCCCUCAACCUUUAACCCCUUGCCUUUCCUCCCAGGGAUUUGUGAGCCUUUCCCUAGAAGGUCCUGUGCUCUCCUCCUUGAGUCCCCUCUCCUACUGUCUGCUGCCCCUUCCUGGGGAGUUGGUGCUUUCUUUUUUUGUUGUUGUUUUUUCCCAGGGGGAGGGAGGAGAGAGAGGAGGGGGAUUAAGAUUCUGUCCCAGAGAAAGGAUACAGUAGUAUUGAGGGGCAGAACCAGGGAAGGCAGAGGGAUACUUCAGUAAGGUGGAGUGACUAAAUCCUAACAUCUACUGGAGUAUCUCCAGGGAAAAGCCAAGGGGAGCAUCAGAAGGAGCCACUAGGGCCAGAGGCAGAACAAGAGAGAUGGAAUCUUAGGGGGCCAGGGUAAAGGAGGAGAGCCAGGGACAAGAGGUGCUUCCUGGGGGUGGGGGAAUGCAGCCACGGUGUCUCCCCCUUCCCUCUUCCACCCCAGCUCCAGCCCUGGUCUUUUCUCCUCUUUCCCACAACAGAAGCUGUGGCCCUGGCCAUGUCAUCGUGUUCCUGUGUCCCUUGCAUGUUUCCCCCCCUUCCCCUCCCUCCUUUUGCGCAGACCCCAUUACAAUAAAUUUUAAAUAAAAAUUUG